CCACCCGCCUGUCUGCAUGUCCACCUGUCAGGUCUUGGUGAUCGCAUUUGAUUUGUGAGGUGCACCUGUUCAUCUGCUUGUUAACAGGCUGUUUUGAGUAUUUCAGAUUCCAGCUGAUCUGCUGUUUAUCAAGCUGAUAGAAAGGCAACAUUAACUCAGAUAACCACUCGUUGUAUCUGAGGGAUGCAGAAGAGCAUCUCUGAGUGUACAACACAUCAAACCUUGAAGCAGACAGCAGUCAGUAUGGACCAGAAUAUCUGAGGAAUGUUUCAGGACCACAGCCGGAAAUAAGGCACCUCUGAGGGCCAAAGAGAAUCCACGGCCAGGUGUACCUAAUUAAGUGGCCAGUGAGUGAGUGUGUGUGACAUCAGCAAGCGAGACCAUCAGUGAGGAAAUUGGUUAUUUCUGUGUAGUUAUUCUCAUCUGGUCAGAUUCCUCACAACGUGAGAUAAAAGGAUUUACGGCACGCAGACCAGAAGAGUCCCUGUAGCAUUUAGCAGGCAAAGUGAGGCCGUUAAAGGGAAGCAGGAGGAGAUUUCUUUCUGAUAUAUUUUGUGGUUACACUGGAUCAGGAUCAGCAAAGACACAGCUGGAAAAAGCGCAGCCGCAGUCGUGACAGGAAGCGCAGCAGGAGUCGAGACAGAAAGAGGAGUCGGAGUCGAGAACGCAAACGUAGCCGCAGCAGAGACAAGCGAAGAAGUCGCAGCAGAGAGCGACGCAGUAGCAGAGAGAGGAGUGGCCGCUACAGAGACCACCACAAGCACCGUCGGCGGUCGAAGAGUAGAAGUCCAAUCAAGAAGGAGAAGAGUCCAGUCAGGAGGGAGAAGAGUCCUAUCAGACUGCCGAUAGAUAACUUAACUCCAGAGGAACGUGAUGCUCGGACCGUGUUCUGUAUGCAGCUGGCAGCCAGGAUUCGCCCUCGGGACCUGGAGGAGUUCUUCUCUGCUGUGGGGAAGGUUCGGGAUGUGAGGAUGAUCUCUGACAGAAACUCCCGCAGAUCCAAGGGCAUCGCCUACAUCGAGUUUGUGGAGGCCAAUUCAGUUCCUCUCGCCAUCGGGCUGACGGGGCAAAGGCUUCUGGGAGUUCCCAUCAUCGUUCAGGCCUCGCAGGCAGAGAAGAACCGAGCAGCAGCAGCAGCCAACAACCUGCAGAAGGGAACAUCAGGACCGAUGAGGCUGUACGUCGGCUCUCUGCACUUCAACAUCACAGAGGAGAUGCUGAGAGGAAUCUUUGAGCCGUUUGGACGGAUUGAGAGCAUCCAGCUGAUGAUGGACAGCGAGACUGGACGCUCUAAAGGCUACGGCUUCAUCACUUUUGCAGAUGCGGAGUGUGCUAAGAAGGCUCUGGAGCAGCUGAACGGCUUCGAGCUGGCGGGUCGACCCAUGAAGGUGGGUCAUGUGACGGAGCGGACGGAUGCCUCAAUGGCAUCAUCUUUCCUCGACAGUGACGAGCUCGAACGGACCGGCAUCGACCUCGGAACCACCGGACGACUGCAGCUGAUGGCCCGACUCGCUGAGGGUACAGGUCUACAGAUCCCUCCUGCAGCUCAGCAGGCUCUGCAGAUGAGUGGAGCGAUCGCUAUAGGAGCCAUGGCUGCUGUGUCAGCUGCCAUGAAUCCAGCUCUCAACAUGAACAUGAACUCUACAGCUCUGAACCUUCCUUCUCAGCCGCUCGCCACACACUGCUUCCAGCUGUCCAACAUGUUCAACCCCACCAGUGAGGAGGCUUCUGGCUGGGAGAUGGAUAUCCAGCAUGAUGUCAUCGAGGAGUGUAACAAACAUGGAGGAGUCGUUCAUAUCUAUGUGGACAAGAACUCUGCUGAGGGAAACGUCUACGUCAAGUGUCCGUCCAUCCCUGCUGCCAUGGCUGCUGUCAACGCUCUACAUGGAAGAUACUUUGCUGGUAAAAUGAUCACAGCGGCUUACGUCCCUCUGCCUACGUACCACAACCUGUUCCCAGAGUCCGCCACCGCCACACAACUGCUGGCCCCGCCCCCACGACGGUGACUCAGAGCGCACCACUGCCGUAUGAUUGGACACUGGACUUAAGAGUCCACGCGUGUUUUAUAUCCUCCUCUCCGUUUGGUCAACACAGACGAGACAAUUUCAUUUGUUCCUCAGGUCUGAGGACUGCGACGAGGGACGCUGUUUGUCUUUUCCAGGUCACUUCCUGUUUUGUCUUUUUCGUUCUUCUUAGCAUUUUUCGGCGUGGCCUCCACUCAGCCCCAUCUGUUUGAGUGUCAUCCAAUGAUUGAGCUCUGUGAGCUGUGAGGGGGCCCGGUGACAUGAAGUCGGUGUCAGCUAAUUGUUUGGUUUGAAGCCAUUUGGUAUUUAACUGUUUUCUAAUCAAGAAUUUGAUUUUGUAAAAUCCUUGAUUAAAUUUUAUUUUGAAGUCACUGA